AAGGCGAUAUUAGCUAAAUCGAAACAGCUGAAACACAAUAAAAAAUAAAAAAAAAUUAAUAAUGUACCCUUUCAGAUUUCCACAUAUACAGGGACAUAGGAAUUGAACGGUUAUUUAGAACAUAUAAACAAGCAACUGGUGGAAAAUAUUGGUCCUUGUUUUUUUUUUCAUCCCUUUGUGUGUUGUGACCUAGGGCAUAGGGAAAAAUGAACUUACAGUCGCUUUUUAGAGAUUUCAACCCCAGCAAAUUCAUUGUACAUUGCAGCCUAUUUACAUUCUUUACUUUAUUCGCUUUACGUUUGGAUGGUUACGUCGAUUGGCCUUGGUAUGCUAUUUUUACACCGUUAUGGAUAUGGAAAGCUGUAGCAGCACUGGGAGCUACUAUAGGUGCUAUAGUUUGGUGUAGAUAUCCUCAUUACAGACUUGAAGGCGACUCCUACACUCAGUUUAAGGCUAUGUUAAUUUCAUUGUCUCUUCAUUUGAUAUUGCUAAUGUUUGAGUUGCUAGCCUGUGACAAUUUGACCACAAAGCGUCAUCUAUGGGUCCUUGUCUUCAUUCCACUCAUCUUUGGUUCGGUGGCCAGUGUCGGUGCUUGCGUAUGGGCUGUCAAGCAUGACAGAUCGUUUGAAUUGGAACUAUUUUUGGCGGUAAAUGCUUUGCAGUUUGUAUCGCUUCCAUUGAAAUUGGAUCAAUUUGUAACAUGGAAUUGGGAAGUGGUUUUUGUGCCCAUGUGGAUUGUGAUUUGCUUAAGUUUAGUUACUGUCCUUUACAGCAUUAUAUUCUGUGGGAUUAUGAUGAGAACACCGGAAAUUUCCUUGCAACAGAAGAAAGCAGCACUAAAUGCCGCCGUUGGCAAUGUGUGUACCGUGUUGCCAUUGCUAUUUUUCCAGGUUGUAAUUUGUGACAAACUUGAAGGCGAAUUGAAAUUUCCCUAUAUUGUAAUCUUCUCCCCCUUGUUGGCCUCGAUUUUUGCACUUAUUGUUCUAAGUUUUAUUGCCAAAGGCGGCAACAAAUGGUGGUUUGGCAUACGAAAAUCUUUUAGCCAAUUUUUAUUGUCUGCUAUGCCGUUCCUUCAAGAAUAUGGCAAUAUUUCCUAUCAUUCCGACAAUAGUAAUGCUCAACAAACCCAGCCAUUGGGUUCGUCGUCGUCAACCGCAUCAUCAUCAUCAAGUACCGCACAUUUGGAUAGGCACAGCAAGAGUAAAAAGGGCAAAAAUGAUAGUAUGAAACCAGUGGUACCUAUUAUAAGUAUUGAUCUGCCCGAUUAAUCAAAUGCAAUUGCAAAUGUGUAAUUGUAAUGUUGAGUAUUUUUACUAGAUAAGAACUUACUACUACUACCACUACAAAAUAGUUGCAUUAUUUUUUUAUAUUUUUUUUAACAAUUGUUUUCAUCUUAUCAAUUUUACAAAUUAUUAGUAUUUUAAUGUGGGAUCACAUGCAGAGCAAUGACAACAAACUCUUGUUGUUCAGCAUGUCAUUGCUGGAUCUGGCGAAUAAUCAUAUACCCUUGUUGGAAGCAAAUACUUUUGUACGAUCAAUGUUUUCUCAUUUGGAACUAAACACAGGAAACUAGAAAAAACUAGAAUCUUCAUUAUUUUGUAUUAAUUUGAAUUUACUUACAUAAGGUUACACCAGCCAGUUAAAUAAAACAAGAAUCUAAUGUGGCUAAUGUUUUGUUAAAAAAUUAUGUAAUUUUUUUCGUAGAAAAACCACACUAAAAAAUAUGUCAUUGUAUACAUAAAACAUGAAUACACAUCCAUAAAUGUAUAGUAGAUAAGAAAUUAUAAUGUAGAAUAUUAGAAAAUAAAAAAUAUUAAUGAGAAAAUUAA